AUGGACUACGAGCACAGCGACCAGAUUAAACUAGAAAAUUCAGAACUCGACAGUCUCGUCGAUCCCUCGUUUGGUCUCGACCUGCUCUCCCAACCCACCGCCCAGGAAUCCGCUCAAGAGGCCACUCCCCCGCACGAAUGGUCUUCCCAGGCUUGGAUGGACGCCUCUGCAGCCAUGAAUCAUUCAAAUAUCGACAACGUAUUCCUUAACGAGCAUCCAGACCCAAUCUUUGAGCUCAACAACCCCGCUCUCGAUUUUGCCACGCUCGGCGCCAUCAACGACAUGCACAUGGGCGUUCCAGUCGACAUGUAUGGCAAUGGUUUUCAAUUUAUGCUCAGUCCCGCCGACUUGCACAAGCCACCGGUCUUUCCAUCGCUCGUUCCACAAACGAUGAUGCCUGGACUCAGCACAGAAAGUGCAUCCAAUCUCCAAGAUGACCUCGUAUCUGCCGUAAAACGACUUUCCGGUAUUACCAGUGCCCAAAUCGCCGGCGCACCUUCUGCGUUUGCACAAGACCUCCGUGGUACGACUUUUUCCUCCGAGAACCCCACAAAAUCUAUAGGAUCGCUGACGUCCCGAAUAGAUCCCUAUAUCAAUCCUGCAAACUUUUCGGACAAUUCCUAUUCCUCGGCCAGCAGCGACCGCAGUUCUGUGCCCCCACAGACUGCCGAGUCGGUCCAGGCUGGCUCGCCACCAGAGACGACGUCGGUCGACAGCAACUCGCCUCCAGCAAUUCCUGUACGCGCAAAGACGGCCCAUACCACCAUAGAGCGCCGCUACAGGACCAAUCUCAAGGCCUGCAUCGACCGCCUCAGCAACUCGAUCCCAGCUGUUCGUUGUAUCGACAAGGACUACAAGCCACCCUCGGGUGUCCCCGAUGUUGUCGAUGAAAAGGGUCUGGUCGAUGGUGUCAAGGCUGCGCGAAAGGUCAGCAAGGCCAUUAUCAUGAGCAAAGCCCACGAGUACAUUGUCGUACUCAAGCGCCGCGAAACCAAGCUGCAAGAAGAGGUCGACGGCAUGAAGGCACUCUUAAACUCGUUGGUCGGUGGCCCUCGUCUCUUGCAAGAGUGGGAGCGUCAGUGGGCUGCACGACAGGCAGAAGUCGCCGAAGAAGAGAUGGACACCAACGACAUGGACAGUGACGACGCAGAAGACGAGGAUUCGGCAGACGAGCGACCGCGCAAAAAGGCAAAGACGAUGCCCGCUCCAGUCCCCGCCAAAGCCAAAAAGCCACCCGUCAAGACUGCUGCUACUGCUGCUCCUUCGGCAUCCUCUCCUACCAGCCCGACGACCCCCGUCGUGGCCAAGAAGCGUGGUCGUCCGUCCAAAGCUGCCGUAGCUGCCCGACAGGCUGCUGCUGCCGCCUCGUCGACUACGUCCCCAUCCCAGGUCCAAUUUACGGCUCCCAUGUCUGCAGACGCCAGUGUGAUGCCGACGUCGUCACCUGCGCAAUACUCUUUUGUCCCGGGACUUCCACAACCAAAGCAGGCCGUCUUCUUUGCAAGCUUUGUCUUCCUCUCAUAUUUCAAGCCCACUGCACGCCACGUCGUCGUCACUCCAGAGGACAAUACGAACCACUCGCAUCUCGGCCGUGUCUUGUCGUCGCAGGAUAAUCUGAAUGGCAAGGUUGUCCGCGUUCAUGAUUCGGUGUGGCAUUCCCAUCCGGCGCUACAUUUUGCGCACACAGCGGUCAUGGUCAUCCUUGGUCUCGCUCUCAUCCUCUCGUUGCUCCCCCAGCGCAAGCGACAUAGAGUAUGGAGAUGGCUCAGCAGCUUUUUCGAGGUCCCUGCCCCUGCUUCUGACGAGCACGCGAUGUCGGAUUCGGAGUCGAGCGACGAAGAGCUCGAGUCGCGGCUCAGCCAGGCCGAGCAGAUUCUCAAAGCUCCUAGCAACUCCAAGGCGAGACUUAGGCUUUACAAUGCUCUCCAACGUUCGUGCUCGACGCCUCCUACGAGCAGCGAGCUCGGCUUCAUGGCGUUGCUCCACAUGUCCUCGACCUCUCCCUAUGCCCAAGGUCUCUGGAAGAAGGCUUCAUUGUCCGCCAACUCCCAAGAUGUCCUCCGCUACGCCUUUGAGUUUCCACUGCAAGACGCUUCUGCACUCUUACAACAAUCCGCCGAUGACACUCGAUCCUGCCUGACGAUUCUCGCCUCCAAGUCUCUCGAGGACCAUCUGGAGAGAUUGUUCAAGGACGUCUUUGUCGACACUAUCCUUGCCACGUGCGAAAACAAGUCGAUGACGGCAUCUACGACGACGAUUGACAUUUCCAUCGGCACCGCGGGUGCCCAACUCCUCAAGGACGCGCGCACGCUUGGUGGAAAGCCCGCAGAGCUUGCGGCAGAAUGGGACGCUGCACUCUCGGGCCGCGUACCAGCCACACCACGGGAAGCGACGAGUGCGCGUACGGUGCUGCAUGUCCUGGCACUCAUGAACCGCAUAUUCCCCGUCACAUCGCGCGCGACGGCGUCUGGCUUGCCUUCCCCACCGCCCUCCCCACUUACGACCGAGGAGCGCGUCAAACUUGAGCGCGUAUUGCGGAUUGCGCUCGAUUCGAAUACGUUCCAUGGUGUCGUUGGGCGCGGUGCGGGCAUGAGCGAGGAGGAAAGGGAGCGGUGUGAAGAGGUGCGACGCGCGAGGGAUAUGUUGGUCUCGAGGUUGAGUCAUGCUGCGCGUGAGCGCAGGAUGGUGGCGUUGGAGGGUAGAGAUUAG